AUGGAGUGGGAUCCCAGUCGAUUCUUCCGUCCUGAGGGGAGUCCUUCGCCUUACGCUCUUCUCAUCCUCAAUCAGCCCAUCAAUGAGAAAGCUUUUGGAGUGUUGAGCAGAUAUGCAUCCUAUAUCAUUUGCGCCGACGGAGGUGCCAAUCGGCUUUUUGAUAUGCCGGAAGAUAAUGAAAAAGAACCUAAAGAACUUCCUGACUGCAUUGUCGGCGACCUUGAUUCUAUCCGCCCCGCAGUGCGAGAACAUUAUGAGAAACUCGGAGUAUCUGUCCUCCAAGAUCCAGAUCAAUACUCAACAGACUUCACAAAGUGUCUGACAUAUCUCAACGCACAUGCUGCAGAGAUAAUAGCUUCUCCUCGAAAAGGAGCAAACACUACCAAACCAGACACCAAUGGCGCAAAUGAGAGCACAUCAACCUCAUCAUCUGAUCAAUCACCUCUGGAAAUUGUGAUCCUCGGCGGUCUAGGCGGCCGUGUGGAUCAAGCCUUCUCCCAAGUCCACCAUUUGUACAUGAUGACGCAGACGCAGCGGUCAAUCCGUGAAAAUGAAACCAACACCUCGACCUCUGAUGCCAAGCCAGCUGCAGGUGGUAACCUCUAUCUCGUCUCUGAGGAAAGUAUUACCUUCAUAAUCCAAACGGGGAAGAACACAAUCCACACUCCCGCAACCAAACGUGCAGACAUCGCGACAGCGUCGACAUCAGAUGUAAGCAACUCACCGAGAAAACGAAAGCGUGAGCAAGAGCAGGAUCAGGAUCAGGAUCAGGAUCAGGAUCAGGAGCAAGAGCAAGAACCAGAACCAGAACCAGAAUACUUCUUCGAAGAAAAUAUUGGGAUCAUCCCCCUCUCAGCACCCGCCAAGAUUACAACCCAUGGCUUUGAAUGGGAUGUGGAGAAUUGGCAUACCGAGAUUGGAGGACAGAUAUCCACGAGCAAUCAUAUCCGCGCUGACAAGGUGGAGGUUGAGACCUCUGUGCCGGUUUUGUUCACAGUGGAGUUGGCGGAGAGGUUGAAGAGGUGA